ACAAAUAUAUUAGUCGGUGAGAGAAAGCAAAACAUUCAUUUGGUGUGUGUGAGCAAAUCGAAAAAAGUGUGUGAAAAAAUGGUGAACUUCGUGUUGUACAUCUCUGCAGAUCUCGAAAACCUCACUAAUUUUUCGCCUCGCUUUGGUGUUGAUGAUCCUUCCUUCACCUACUUCUUCAAGUUGAAAUGUGAAAACUGUGGUGAGGUGACGGAGAAAGAGACAUGUGUGAGCCUGAAUGAGGAAGUUCCUGGAGCAAAAAGGGGCACCAUCAAUCUCAUCCAAAAGUGCAAGUUCUGCAAAAGGGAAGGAAACAUUACUAUGAUCCCUGGCAGAGGAUAUCCGCUUACUAUCAGUCUCAGUGAGACAGAGAAGCCUGCCCCUUUGAUGACAUUUGAUUGCAGGGGUGUUAAACCACUGGACUUUGCAUUCAACGGUGGCUGGAAAGCUGAUUCUAUCAAAGGAACCAGAUUUGUGGACAUUGACCUGACUGGAGGGGAAUUUGCUGAGUAUGAUGAGGAGGGCAAGUGCCCAGUCAUGAUCUCUAAUCUACGUGCUGAGUUCAAAGUUGUUGAUCCGAGUAAAAGGAUUUAUUAAAUAAGCUACCACGUAGAUAGCAUUGUCUAUGACAUGUGUUGGAACAGAUCUUAGCUGACUUGUGAAUCUCUAAUGUUGAGCCGAAACAUGUGGUUUCGUACUCUGUGUAAAAAGUGGCUGGCAACUAUUAAGACAUGCCGUGCAUUGUAAAACAUCUGUUCAGGGUUGAAUUGCUUAGAUUGUUUUGCCAUAUGCUAUAUUUGAAAUUUUGAAA